UGUUUCCUCUUUGCAGACAUGUUUCUAUAAAGCUCGCAGAAAAAAAGAGUACUGCGGCUUAGUGAAGUUUUGAUGCACGUGAAGUAGGAAAAGACGGGACGUGAGAAUAAAUAAAAGUGUUGUUCAUUUUUGUGGAGAAGAGUCGUCACCUGUCGGCCGAAAACGAAAACAUGUCAUCAAAGGCCCGAUCCGCGUUCUCGAAGGUCCGCUGGAAACCCGCAAUUGCCUCAAUUGACGAAGACCCGCAGCAGGAAAGAGGAAGAAGUUGCGAUUUUGCGCAGUUGAAAGACCUUGGCUUAUUUUCGCGUUACGAUUCCGUUUUGGGCUGUCCAAAAGUUCUCUCGCGCGAGUGUUGGUUUGGAGCUCAAUUCCCGAUGGGUGCGUUUGAGUUUAGACCUGGUGACGUAUCUGCCAACGUCCUCGCUACUGCGAGGCAAAAAUUCGAAGUCGUCCUUGGGACUCUGGGGCCAUUUCAGGUCGUCUUCGUGGACGGCGUUGAGGUAGCAGGACGGGGUGGAGUAGAGCAGGUACAUGUCGUCCGUAGCGGAGUUCAUCAACCUGUUGCGAAUAAACAGGGGCUCCAUUUACAAUGCGACACCUAUGGUAACCGCGAUGAAAAUUGCCGAGUGACGGACAUCCAGCGGAAGUAAAGCGCAAAAGAAAAGUACAGUACGGAGAGUUAUGAAAAGUCACCCUGGUUCGUUGGUCAAUCGCCGAGUAGAUUUUGUUGUCCACCAGUGAGUUGUUGCACUUGGAUAAAUCGAAGCAGAACCCCUCAGUGAAGCCAUCAUUUCCGAAAAGCACCGAAGUGAAUAUUUGAGACGUUUUUCCUGAAGAAAAUGGCAAAACACUGGAUUUCAUUAAUUGAAGGCCAUUAUUCGAAUAAUGUAAUUGU